AUGAUAAUGUCCGUGCAUGAUCCUCUCAGUAGAAAACGCGACAUCAAGGAGGCUCGCAAGUCUGCCAAGAGAGCCCGCAAGGACACAAGGGAUGACGACAUAUCCGAGCAAAUGUACUCCAUCUUCGUCAAGUCUGCCAUGGACUCGCUAGAAAAGAACGACACGCUAAAAGUCAACUCGUUGACGUCCAAAAUCAGCUUGCCUGUGGCCCAUUCAGAUGCCAUCUCGCUUCCAAACUUCAUCAUCGUAUUGAAAAGCCUCAUUGCCAACAUCGCCAAGCUCGACAACUCCGCGUCGGCCGCCUUGUUGACAGCCAUCAUAAACUAUAAAUGGCUAGAGGUGCCCCACGAAGCAAAAGCAUCUGCCGAUUUCGCGGGCUUUCUCGACGUAUAUGCACAGUUCAUCAAUGUGCUCGUCUCCUCAUACCCCAAGUACCUCCAUGACAUCAUCAAGAAGCUCGUGCGAGAGUUCCCUGACGUAAAGGACGAUACCUAUCCGCAUCACAAUCUCCUCAAGAGAUUCAUCACAUACAUCCCCACAUGCAUCAACACAAUCCCCUCCACGCUCUCGCGGGAGUUCCCCCACCACUUGUCCUCGGCCCCUGUUGAAAUCUUCAACUACGUCAACCACUGCAUGACGAUCAUGAAAUACUGUCCGGACUUGCAGUUCCCCGUGUGGCAGAUGAUCGUGGAGUGCUGCAUCAAGUUGGACGUGGAAUUGCAGAAUGAAAUCGACGAUUUGGAUGACGAUCUUAUCGAGGAGCUCAUCAAUGAGGACGACGAGGAAAUCGACGAUGACAUCGACGACGACGAGGAUGAUCUCGAGACCGGCGCCGAGAUCUACGAAAUGACCUCCACCAAGAAUAUCAAGCGGUUGGUUUCUAAACUCGACUCCAGCUUGGAGUUGCUUUUGAAGUCGACGAAGGGUGCCUUCACCGCGGAGGAAUUGGACUCGGGAAACGGAGUCAGUCUAUUUAACACACUUACUUCUCUAUUCAAAACUCACGUCUUGCCCACGCAUUUCACCAAAUCCGUGCAAUAUCUCAUGUUCCAUAUUUCACAGUACCAGCCGGAGUUGGCCGAUUCUUUCUUGGUCUUGCUCAUUGACACCGCCUUCAAUCCACUCGAGGUCACCGAGAAGCGCCUCAAGGCCCUUCAGUACUUGGCAUCCUACAUCUCACGUGCCAAGAACUUGACGAAACAUCAGGUAGUUUUCAUUGUCACAUACUUAAUUGGCUGGGUCAACAAGUACAUUUCCGAGCGUGAAAAAGAGGUUCUUGACCUUGACUCUGCGAAUACAGGCUCCGCUAUGCCCACUGCCACAGGUGGCAUGGAAAGGUUUAAAUUAUUCUACGCCACCUUCCAGGCAUUGCUUUAUAUUUUCUGUUUCAGGCACAAGCAGUUGACCCGCGCCCCGGAGGACAUCAAAAGCGGGGAGAGCGAGUGGGAAAGCCAGAUCGACAAGUUCUUCCUGAGAGUGAUUCUCACUAGGUUCAAUCCUCUCAAAUUUUGCGACGAGACUGUCGUGGCUACUUUCUCCGAUAUUGCAUCGAUGCUCGGCGUAUGUUUUUGCCAAACUAUCAUCGACAAUAACAGAAGAGAACAGAUGGCCCAGGCCACCUCCAACCUUCCUUCAUCUGUUGGAAACUUCAGGCAUAAACAAGAAUUCUUGGACCUUGAAGGAUACUUCCCGUUUGACCCCAUGGUCCUUCCAAAAUGCAAGAAAUUAAUUAGUGCCAAUUAUGUUGAGUGGCGAGAUGUCAAUCCAACUCCAGAGGACGAUGAGGACGAUGACACUGGAAGCCAUGGAGACGACAUGGAUGAUGACGAAGAUGACGACGAUGAUGAUGACGAUGACGAUGAUGACGAAGACGAAGACGAUGGUGAUGACGAGGAUGACGAUGAUGACGAUGAUCAGGACAACGAUCAGGACGAUCAGGACGAUGAUGACAUUCACAUUGACGACAAGGUUUGCGAUGCCACGCGUGCUGCUGAAGACAGUGAUGAAGAUAUCACCAGUGACGAAGAGGAAGAUUGA